AAUCCACGCUGUCUCUAGAGACCACUUCCGCCCCGAUUUCUCUGGUUCAUCUUUCACAUUCCAUUUUCCCGAGUAUCCAUCUCACUCUCUCACUGGACUAAUUUUUCACUUGAGCUUACCCCAACCUUUGCUCUUUCAAUAAGCUCUCAUAAUCAAGUUUACAACUUUUCUGCUGUAUGUGAAAUUGACCCUAUUUCACAUAAGUUUGUUUGCUUGUUGUCACUCAGAGGCCAUUUGUUGUACAAUAUUCAAGGCAGCGGACCUAUUUCCUAUGUUUCUUCGACACAUUUAGUAUUCUGAGGGGUAAAACUUACUGGUUUUCCACUGCCAAUAACAACUUUGUCAAAGCGCGCAUUUCAGUCGGAGGAAGAUUGAGCUGAAGCUCUCUGGCUCUAGCUGAUGAUGUUCCAAAUAUGGCUUCAUGCUGUCCUGCUAUUUUGUGGACUUUUCUCCAAUGUAACUGGAGCGUUCGUGGGCGUCAACAUUGGAACUGCUAUUUCAAACAUGCCAUCGGCUCCGGAUAUAGUUGCCAUGCUUAGAGCUAAUCAAAUAACUCAUGUCCGUCUCUUUGAUUCUGAUGCGCAUAUGCUGAAUGCUCUUGCAAACACUGGCAUCGAAGUCAUGGUCAGCGUUACCAACCAGGAAGUCCUGGGAAUUGGGGAAUUGCCUUCAACGGCAGCUGCUUGGGUUACUAAAAACAUUGCAGCUUAUGUUCCUUCAACUAAUAUUACAGCGAUUGCUGUGGGAAGUGAGGUGCUUACUACGUUGCCACAUGCCGCGCCUAUUCUAGUUCCUGCCAUGAGCAACCUGCACAAAGCUUUGGUUGCUUCAAACCUCAACUAUCAAGUGAAAGUUUCAACGCCAAAUUCAAUGGAUGUCAUUUCCCGUAGUUUCCCUCCUUCUGCAGCCACCUUCAACACAACGUUUAACUCUACCAUCAUUCAGAUCCUUCAGUUCUUGAGAAGCACAAAGUCCUUCUACAUGCUGAAUGCUUAUCCUUACUACGAAUAUGUGAAGAGCAACGGCAUUUUCCCUCUCGACUAUGCUCUUUUCAAGCCACUCUCCCCUGUCAAACAGAUUGUCGACCCGAACACCUUGUUUCACUACAACAGCAUGUUCGAUGCUUUGAUCGAUGCCACUUACAGCUCCAUUGCGGAUCUCAACUUCUCAGGAAUCCCUAUCGUUGUCACUGAAACUGGCUGGCCGUCGUUUGGUGGUAGCAUUGAACCUGAUGCUACUUCAACAAAUGCAGAGUUGUAUAUCAAUAAUUUGAUAAGGCGCGUGUCAAAUGAUUCUGGUCCGCCUAGCCAGCCAGCGGUCCCUAUCAACACGUACAUCUACGAACUGUUCAAUGAAGACAAAAGAGCAGGGCCGGUUUCUGAGAGAAAUUGGGGUCUACUUUUCACUAAUGGAACUUCUGUGUAUAGCCUAGCUUUGGGGAAUGCAGAGAUUACCGGUGCGAAUUCUUCAAGCUCGUUUUGUAUUGCUCGACCAGGUGCAGAUGAUAAGUCACUACAAGACGGACUUAAUUGGGCUUGCGGGAAUGGCCAGGCUAACUGUGCAGCGAUUCAGCAAGGGCAGCCUUGCUUUAACCCCGAUACAUUGCAGAAUCAUGCUUCCUAUGCGUAUAAUGACUACUAUCAAAAGAAGCGUGGCUCUGGCGGGACUUGUGAUUUUGGUGGCACGGCCACAAUAACUACAGUUGAUCCUAGCUAUGGAUCUUGUAGAUUUACAGGAAGUUCGAACUCCUCGGGUGGGGCGUUUCCACCUCCAGCAUUUGGACCAGUUGGGCCGUCCUCGGAGAGCGCAAGGACAGUCGCCAUCCGUUAUUUUGGCACAAUAGUUGCUGCUACUCUGUGUUUGGUCCAUGUGAAUUUGAGAAGCUUUUUGUAGACACUCUCAGAUUCUAUCCAUAUUUUGCAGAAAUGGUGUUUAUGUUGUGUUGAUUUUAGCACCCAUUUGAGAAACUGUAUAUGUCAGAGCAAGAAUUGUAUCAUUGCAUAUUUGAACUUGUUAGGAAUUGGUGUGGAGUCUGUAGACUGUAGAGGUUGAUCAAAUCCAGUGAUAUUUGUUUAA